AUGCGGUGUCUCUGGGCCGCCUUUGGUCUCGUAUGGGGUGCCGCCGUACACGGCGAUUCAACAUUCAAGCUGUACGGGUUGAAUUACAACUCGCGGCAGGGACCCGACUGGGACCCGAACCGGUGCAAGUCGCAAGCUCAGAUCGACUUGGACAUGGUCGCGAUUGCCAAAGUCGCGAGUCGCGUGCGCAUCUUCAGCCUCGUGGACUGCAACCAAGGGUACAUGGUGACAACGGCCGCAAAGAAGGCAGGGCUCCGCGUCUGGCUCGGGAUGUGGGUGACAAGCGACCAAGCGUCGUUGAAUCACGAGCUGGCGGCGCUGGACACGCUCGUGGCCGACGGCAUCGUCGACAACACGUCCAUCGACGGCAUGCAAGUCGGCAGCGAGAGCUUGUACCGCAAAGACAUGACCCCCGACCAGGCCAUCAACUAUUAUGCAGCGGCCAAGACGUACUUGACGACGAAGAACUUGACAUUUCCUGUCUCGAUCACAGACGUCAUCGACACCCUGCUCGCCUUCCCCCAAGUCGUGUCGGUGGUCGACGUUGUGAUGGGGAACGCGUUUCCGUUUUGGGAAAAGGCCGACGUCGACACGGCCGUCCAGGCGUUCGAGACCAAGUACAAUGCGUUGGUCGCGGCCGCAGGAGGCAAGGACGUCUGGGUCGGGGAGACGGGAUGGCCGUCCGAUGGCGUGAACGCGAACGCGUCCGUGGCGAGCCCGAGGAACCAAGCGGCAUACAUCGCCGACUUUGUCGCGUUUGCAGCCGCGGGCAACGUCAAGUACUUUUUGUUCUCAGCGUUCGACGAUACGUGGAAGGUGGCGCAGGAACGCGUCGAGGACACUGUCGAGGCGCACUUUGGUCUCUUGGACUCUGUCACGAGGGAACUCAAGCCCGACCUGGACUACCUCCCGCCCCUCAUGGCGAACGGCAAGUUUGCAUCUGGAUUCCCUGGAGCACCGACCACUCGUCCUGGACCUGACGGGGGCGGCGACGGCGCGCCGACAGAGUCGACGGGCGCCCCCGAAGCCCCGAUCCCGACAUCGGGGGCAACGCUUGCCAUGGGGAUUUCGCUCGGCACGGUGGCUUUCAGUAUGUUUAUGCUGGCUUAA